GCAAACGACACGAAUUUCUAGGUUUUGUUGUGCAUGUUUUAUCCAGUGAAUGUUUUUUACCGUGUCCGUUCUACUCGUUACAACCGGAACAAUCCAAGAUUCUGUCCAUUAAAUCCAAACUAUGAGGUUUCUAGACUCUUUGCGUCGAUUAGAUGCCUAUCCGAAGAUAGACAAUGAGUUUAGCAUUCGCACGGUUAGCGGAGCGGCACUCACGCUUAUAAGCACAAUCGUAAUUGUAACACUAGUGAUAGGCGAAAUCAAUGCCUACCUUUCACCAAACAUUUCCGAGGAGUUGUUUGUGGAUACGACCCGCGGGCACAAGCUUAAAAUUAACCUAGACUUUACCAUACCUCGGAUAUCUUGUGACUACGUUUCACUAGAUGCACAAGAUUCCACCGGAGAGCAGCAUUUGCACAUUGAGCACAAUAUUUACAAACGGAGGGUGGAUUUAAACGGCAAUCAGAUUGAGGAACCUAAGAAAGAGGACAUCCAGGCUUCGACUAAACGCAUUGCGAGCACCGAGUCACCGGUAACCACAACGGUCAAGCCAACCUGCGGUAGUUGCUAUGGUGCUGAGAGAAAUGCUUCACAAUGCUGCAACACCUGCCAGGAUGUAAUCGAUGCCUACCGAGAAAGGAAAUGGAAUCCGAAUGUGGAGGAUUUCGAGCAGUGUAAAAAUAGCAAAGAUGGUAGUGUUGAAGGGAAAGCCUUCAGCGAAGGAUGUCACAUCUACGGUACGAUGGAAGUGAACCGUGUCGAGGGUCGGUUUCAUAUCGCACCGGGCAAAAGCUUCUCCAUCAACCACAUACACGUCCACGACGUGCAACCGUACUCCUCUGCACGGUUCAACACGACACACAAAAUCAAUACGCUUUCGUUCGGUGAGCAGUUUGGUUUCGGAACGACAAGACCUCUGGAUGGCCUUAUGGUGGAAGCAACGGAAGGUGCUAUGAUGUUCCAGUAUUACAUUAAAAUAGUUCCAACGAUGUUCGUGCCGCUCAAUGGACCGACUCUCUAUACGAAUCAAUUUUCCGUAACAAAGCACCAGAAAAGUGUGACUGCCAUGAGUGGCGAAACGGGAAUGCCUGGCAUAUUCGUCAACUACGAACUGUCGCCGUUGAUGGUAAAAUAUACGGAAAAACGAAACUCAAUCGGACAUCUCGCUACGAAUGUAUGUGCAAUAAUUGGUGGCAUCUUCACGGUCGCUGGCAUAAUUGAUUCUGUGCUCUUCGCUUCCAUCCAUGUGAUAAGACGAAAAAUUGAGCUGGGAAAAGCCAGCUAAUGUCCAUUCUAACAUUUUAGCCGAAUGAAAACGAGAAUCUCUAUCUACGCUCUUCUACUAUUUCAAAUUCCAACCAAUACGAUAUUUUUUUCUUCUGUUUAUUAUGCUGCAUAGACUAAAAUAUAUUUUUAUUGUUCACAGUGUUUUCAAGAAGCGAUUGAAGCAUUCCAUGUUCGAUUUGGCUAUUUCUGUAACAAACUUCUCAUCGGUCCCUUCGGCCAGUGAUUUUAGCGGAAUAUAAAGCUCCUUCCUGGGGUCAUAUUGUA